GCUAUUUCCAUUUCUAGUAGAAUUCAAAAUGGCGGAUUAACAACAAACCAACGGUUUAGUGUUUGCAACGCAAGAGCUGUAGUUGACAUGGCAGACAAAAAAGGGAAAUCAGUGGGGGUGAAGAGAACACUAACAAAAAGAGAACAAGAGGACAUGAAGAAAAAGGAGGAGGAGAAAGCUGCUGAAGUCUUUGAGGAAUUUUUAGCUUCUUUUGACACUAACGACAAAAGCGGAGUGAAGACGUUUGUACGAGGAGGCAUUGUCAAUGCAACUAAAGAGGAAGAAGCCGCAGAGGUGAAGAAGAGCAAACUCUACAGACCCGCCUCUAAAUUCAAUUCUCCACCUCAGAAUGCCUCACCUGUUCAACCUACAGAAGUUAAAAAAGCUGCAGCUAAAAAGAAGACUGAGGAGAAGAAGAAGAGUAAUCUGGAGCUUUUUAAAGAGGAAUUAAAACAAAUACAGGAGGAAAGAGAGGAGCGAUACAAAAGAAAGAAAGGGGACUCUGGAGUGUACCCAGAUCUGGAUUUACCUCUGACACGAAGAUCAAGUAAUUCUGACGAACAUACACCACAUGUUUCACUUUACAAACCCAUUGGAAACCUAAAACCUUUUUUAUAUAUUGUUUUUGCAGUAUUUGAUGAUGAUCCUGCAGUGCCAAACACAACAAACCUGUACAUCGGCUGCAUCAACCCCAAGAUGACAGAAGAGAUGCUCUGUAAGGAGUUUGGAAAAUACGGCCCUCUGGCCAGUGUAAAGAUCAUGUGGCCUCGCACUGAUGAGGAGAGAACGAGAGUCACAAACCGUGGCUUUGUUGCUUUCAUGACACGGAAAGAUGCAGAGCGUGCUCUGGCUGCGCUGGACGGUAAAACAGUAAUGGGUUUUGAAAUGAAACUGGGUUGGGGGAAGGCAGUACGUAUUCCUCCGCAACCUCUUUACACCCCAAUCGGGGUGCUGAAGACCACUGCCCCCCCUCCACCCUCUGGACUGCCAUUCAACGCCCAACCCAGAGACCGCUUCAGAAAUGACUUCACCAAACCACGCAGUCGCUCGCAGGAAGACUUUUACAAGACUCUGUCCGAGGCCGUAGUGACAGUGGUAAUCCCCCCAGAAAGGAACCUGCUGGGCUUGAUACACAGAAUGAUUGAGUUUGUGGUAAGAGAGGGUCCCAUGUUUGAAGCCAUCAUCAUGAACCGGGAAAAGAACAACCCUGAAUUCAGGUUUUUGUUUGAUAAUAAGACUCAGGAGCAUGUGUACUACAGAUGGAAGCUCUACUCCAUUCUACAGGGAGAAAACCCAAAUAAAUGGAGAACGUCCCCUUUCCGAAUGUUUAGGGGUGGCUCUCUUUGGAAGCCCCCACUCCUUAACCCAUAUCUCCAUGGCGAUGAGGAAAUAGAAGAGCUCUCCUUCCCUUCUCAAGAGGAAGAGCCAAAGAAAGGGCAACUGAAGGCAGAGCACAGAGAGCGGUUGGAAGCCCUGCUGAGAGGACUGACUCCUCGCAGAGAUGAAAUCGGUGAUGCAAUGCUGUUCUGCCUAGAGAGAGCGGAGGCUGCUGAGGAGGUCGUCUCCUGCAUCACUGAAUCUCUGUCUAUAGUGCACACACCACUGCAGAAGAAGAUUGCCAGACUUUACCUGAUAUCCGACAUCCUCUACAACUCCUGUGCCAAAGUGGCCAAUGCAUCAUAUUACCGCAAAUUUUUUGAGACAAAGCUGCCUCAGAUAUUUGGAGACAUCAGUGAAGCGUAUCGGAACAUCCAGGCUCGACUCCAGGCAGAGCAGUUUAAGCAAAGGAUCAUGGGAUGUUUUCGUGCAUGGGAGGACUGGGCAGUUUAUCCAGACUCCUUCCUGAUCCAACUGCAGAAUAUAUUCCUGGGACUCAUUAAACCUGGAGAGGAAGUCAUUGAAAGAGCAGAGCCCGAAUCUCCUGAUCUGGAUGGAGCGCCGUUGGAUGGUAUUCCUCUAGACAAAGUUGAAAUUGAUGGUACUCCCCUUGAUGACCUUGAUGGGUCACCUAUGACCUGGGAUCCAUCCUCUAUAGAUGGUGUACCAGUUGACGACAUUGACGGUGUUCCUCUAGGAAACUCAAUAGAUGAUAUUGAUGGUGUGCCAUUUGACGAGGGCUCGGAUAAGAGUUUACCCACUGUUGCACUAUCCAAAUGGGAGAAAGUGGAUUCAGAAUCCUCAGCUAAGAAUGACUCAGACACUGAGAUGAGUUUAAGUGGCCUAAAGGAGAACAAUGGCGAUUCUGAUAUCAGCAGUGAUGAAGCUGACAGCCCUAGCAGGUACGAGGGGGCAGAGUUUAAGAGUUCUCUGAAAAAUUUUGAGCUGUCUGAAAGCAAAAGGACACGUCUCCGGGAAUUGGAGGUGAAGGUGAUGAAUUUCCAGGAUGAGUUGGAGUCGGGUAAGCGACAGAGGAAAUCCAGUAUGAAUCUACAACAGCAAGUUCAACACUACAGAAACAGACUGCUACAGAAGGAGUUUGACAAGGACGACCAGGAAAAGAAAGACAAAUAUUCACAGAAAUCAAAAGAUCGGUCCAAAAAAGAUGAGCGGAGAGAUAAAGAAGACCGAAGUAAAACACGGGACAAAGAGAAAAGUAGAAAAAGUGAGGACAGAGAAAGGAGUCGAGGAAAGAGUCGAGACAAAGAAGAGAGGAGAGAGAGAACAAAAUCUCGAUCACCACGAAAGUCAAAACGCUCUCAAUCACCAUCACCACAGCACAAAUCCUGGAGGUCUUCAUCCCGAUCACCACAUCGCUCGCACAAAAAGACCAAGAAGAGCAAACACUGAACUCUGACCCUUUGAACCCUGUGACCGCUGCAGUCAUCUCUUAACACAGCCUGACGGAGCCUAUGAAUGGACUGCUCUCGUCACGCACAUCAACAACGUGUUUCUAUUCCACAAUGCUUUGAUUACAGACUGGCUGAUUUACAGCUGUUCAUUUGUUCCCAGAACGGUCCUCUGUGUGGCUGCUGCAAUCACAACCCUGGGCUUGGCUGAAUUUUUCUAAGAUGAAGUGUGAACUUGUACAGAUCUUAUUUUUGUUUUGUAAACCGUUUUAUUUGUGUUUUGUUUUAAAUCCAGUGUUUAAAAAUGCUGCAAGAUGGACCCCUCCGCCUCUAAACUUUACAAUAAAAACAAUUGUGGAAGGACA